AUGAGCAGUGCACCGGGCGGCAUCACAACGGCUCACUCACAUACCCAGUACAUUCUUUCUCCCCCACCACUCCCCCCCCAACCCUUCCGCCCCUCCUCCUUCCAGAGUCUCUCGUCCCUCGGUCUUCUCUACUGUGCUGUCCCAAAAGCCGCUUGCACCAGCUGGAAGAUUUGGUUCCGGCAGCAACGCAACGACUCAGACGCACACAACGCCCGAACCACGCACCUCCCUGCACGCUCCCACCUCCCGGUGCUCUGGUUCGGCAUGACCGAGCCUGAGGCGAUACGGGCGGUGACGCGGCGCGACCUGGUUCGGUUUGUGUUUGUGCGGGAUCCGUUCUCGCGGGUGGUGUCUGCUUUUGUCAACAAGCACGUGCAGGCAGAGAGUGGGGGGUGGGGCAAGAGGCGGUUCUGGUCCCUGGUUUUCUUUCAGCAUCUCUUCUGGACCAGCAACACCACCCACCGCCCCUUAGGCUGGAGGGACCUGCUCUCUACACACCUCGCCUCCCUCUCGCCUUUCUCCUCCUCUUCCUCUGCCUCCUCUUCCUCCGCCUCCUCUUCCUCCUCCUCCUCCCCCUCCCAUCCCUCCACACCAGCACUCUCUCUCCACACCAUGCUGCGGCUGCAAGCAGGGGGCAAACUGUCAUUUGAGGAGUUCAUGGCUCUGGUCGAGGCAGCAAGGGAGGCAGAUGGAGAGCAUUUGAUGGACAACCAUAUAGCGCCGCAGGUAAUUGGGAGGACGCAGGUGGGAGGAAAGAUAGAGUCGCUGCUCUGCGGGUUGAACCAUAUCAAGUACCACUUUGUAGGCCGCUUUGAGCGCAUGGAGAGGGAUAUGCCGGCGCUGAUGGCGCUGCUGGGGAGGCAACCCGGGGACGCGUUUGCCUUUGGGAAGAGUGUUCACUUCACCAACUCGUCGCACCGGCUGUCAGAGAUGUUCCGAGACAAGGAGACAUACAUGAGGGUAAAGCGAGUGUACUCUAUGGACAUGCGCUCAUCGCUCAACAGAAUCCACUAUGAGCCUCCCCCUGAGCUUGCUACUAGGUUUGAAGCAGCACAUUAG